UUUCUGUUUAAAUGCCUCAAAUCAUUAGCUAGACGCAGGGAAUUGAUCAUCUUCGAAAAUGGCAUCUUUCGUAUCUAAAAACAUAUAUAAUUUUCUCUGUAUAAACGAGGGCUGUUCGGAUUUUGGUAAAGUGGAGAGUAAUUUACGGCAGAGUUUUACGGUGGCGGAUCAGGUGUUGUCUCUGGUGCUCGAUGACCAGGAGAAGUUUGUUGUAAAAGAGGAUGAAGAAUCGAAAGACACCAAAUCCAUAAUGGGUGCUGACAGUCUGAUCAUUGCCAAAACCUCCUUGCGAGUGUGCAAAAAUGACAAAUGUGUCAGCUGUGAAGAACUGCACCUAUGUAGGUACUUUGUGUGUGGAAACUGCAGAUUUGGAACAAAGUGCAAAAAUUCCCAUGACUUGUCCUCAGCACAUAAUGUUGAUCUUUUGAGGAAGCGAGAUCUUCAAGGGCUUGCAGGUGGACAGUUGUUUCAACUUCUUCUUCAGAAUGAUCCCUUUUUACUACCAGAGGUUUGCUACUAUUACAACAAGGGAAAUGGAGAACAUGGCAGUUGUAAAUAUAAAACAUCAUGCACCAACCUGCACCUGUGCCAGCACUUCCUGCAGGAUGACUGUAAAUUUGGAGCUGCAUGCAAAAGAGCCCACAUAUUUGAUGCACAGGCACAGAAAAUCCUCAAAGGCAGAGGGAUCAGUCCAGAUAACAUGCGCAAACUCCAUAAGAUUUACAAGAACAAGAUUCUGAUCACUUCUGCCCAUGUAAAUCCUGUCAAGAAGAGUGCACAAACAGUGUCUCUGUCCAUUCUGGCUACAACUCCAGCAGCUCUACCAGCAGUGAGAGAGCGCACUAGACACAAAUCCAGCCAUUCUGUCAGUGAGGCUGAUCAAAGUGAGAUCUGUCUCUUUUUCUUGCGCUCUGGAUGUAGUUUCAAAGACAAGUGUGUCCGUGUUCACCAUCAUCUACCGUAUAAAUGGCAGAUUUCACACUCGAAUGAAAGUACGUGGACUGACCUGCCAAAUGAAGAGGAGAUUGAGGAGGCGUUCUGUUGUCCAUGUAAUGAUUCAAGUAUUACUAAGAUCAACAGAGAAUAUCUGAAUAUUGACUUUAUCACAAUGACACGUGGACAAUCAAAAAUCCAUCGCCUAUCUACAGUAUCAUCUGUUACUAAACCCCCUCACUUUAUUCUGACUACUGAAUGGCUGUGGUAUUGGAAGAAUGACAGUGGGGGUUGGACAGAGUAUGGCAAAGGGGAGGAUGCAAAACUUGUGGCCUCGGUCACUUCAGAAGACCUUGAGAAGCAUUACCUGGCUGACAGUGAGAAGGAAAUUACAUUCAGCUCAAAAAACCAUCAAUACACUCUCAAAUUUAAAGACAUGUGUCAGCAAAAUCUGCAGUACAAAACUGUUAGAGAGAUUCGAAGGAGACCACGUUUUGUGUCUGCCCAAGAAAUCAAGAGCAAAAUAAAGAGUGAGUCUCCAGAGAGCUCAACCUCUUCUGUGGAAGUUCCUUCUUACUGGGACAAAGGAGCUCUCCCUAGCUUCACCUACAAGAUUGUUCCUCUGCAAAACUCUUCCAAGGAAUACAAAAUGAUGUGCACAUUGUUUAGUAAAACGAUGCCCAAUAGCAUCAUUCACAAGAUUGAGACAGUGCAGAACCAGUCUCUUUGGAGGGUCUUUCAAUGGCAAAAAGAACAAAUGAUUGAGAAGAAUGGAGGGAAGGUAGUAGACCAGCGUUACCUUUUCCAUGGUACAAAUGAGUCUCUGAUAGAAGCCAUCUGUGAGCAGAACUUUGACUGGAGGAUCUGUGGCAGUCACGGGACACAUUAUGGGAAAGGCAGCUAUUUUGCCAGAGAUGCUUCAUACUCUGACAGAUAUGCAAAAUCCAGAACCAAGACCAAGAAGAUGUUUGUGGCGCUGGUGCUUGUUGGAGAGUUCACAAAGGGUAAAAGUAGUUUAGUCCGACCUCCACAGAAGAACAGCAGUCUCAAACUUUAUGACAGCUGUGUUGACAAUGAAACCAAUCCAGCCAUUUUUGUAGUUUUUGAGAAGUACCAGGUCUAUCCUGAGUAUAUCAUUGAAUACUCCUAAUUUGUAGUACGGUUUCAAAACACGUUUGACUAUAAAACAUGAUGAUACUGUAAGCAACGCUCACUUGAAAUUUUGGCAUUUAUUUUAUCUUACGAUCUUACAUUUGAAAGUCUGUUGCACAAAUAAUUUAGGCUUAGGUUUACAUUACUGAAAAAUAACCUGAUCUCUUAAGGCAUUGUUUUCUGUUGAGUAAAUUUUUUUAUAAUAUAUAUAUUUUUUUAAUGUAAUUAACUUUAGUAUACCCUCUAUGACAGACUCUGUGGUGAAAAUGGCAAAUUGUUUAGUAGAAUAUAUCAGAAUUUGAUGCAGAUUGCUUAAUGCAUUAAGUGCAAUAGAGACAGCCAGUUAAAACCAACCUGAUACCGUCUUUAUCAAAGUGCCAAUGAUUAUAAAUCAGUAGUCAAAAUUUGUAUUGCAUUAUAUUUUAAAGCACUGAUUUUUUAGCACAAUUAAAAAAAAACAAGAUUUUGUCGAGAGCUGGCAAAAUAUGGCACAUUAAUCAUGCCUAUUUUAAUCAUUUAAUUUUCAUGUUAGUUUUGGCUGUUGACAUUGUAUUGAUUUAUGUACAUACUGUACAAGACAGGCAAGGGGAAGUAGGACAUAUACUAGGUACCAGUAAAUCAUUAGGAGACACAAGAAGCAGGCGUGUCGUUGACUAUGGAGACCUUUGCCACUGUGACCUGAUGUUAAACUUGAGAAAUGAAGGUUGUGAUUGUGACAGUCUAUAAAUAAUAACACAGCAUGUAAAGCUGAACCAGCCUUAAAGUCUCGGCCCACUUUUCAUCUUAUGGUGGUCAAGAAUCACCUGGUUAGAAAGGAAGUUGCUGUCUGACUGAUAAGUAAAAUGACCAUCCACAGUUGACUUGUUUUGUGAGGUGUGCUUCUGUUAAGCUCCAGAAAUCAUCACUGUUCAUUAAGUUUCCUUCUUGCAUUUGGGUGUUUGUUAUCAAAAUAAUGCAACAUUGAUUUUAAAAACAAUAAAAAAAUA